AGAGGAGGUUGUUGUGUGUUUGGUUGGUGUUGCUCACAGGAGCUGGAGGGGGAGGGUUCCCUGUCGAGAGGGGCUCCACUUGGGAGAGGGAGAAAAGAAAAUAAGCUCACGCUUGACCCGCGGGUCAGGAUGAGCAGGCCAGUGAUGUCCGCGGGCCCGGAGCACUUCCUAGGCCGGAUAGGGGAGCGGAGCCAGGGGGAGGGCGGGCUGCUGCCUCCGUCUCCAAGCGCUCCCCCCCAGCCGCGGGAGGAGGUGGAGGAGGAUGAGGAGACGAAACAGCGGGGUCGGGACGGCAGAGGGCGAACGGCGCUCUCGCAGCUCAGCGAGAGUGUGAGUGACGCGGAGGCUGAGCAGCCUGGAGCUCCGGCACCAGGAGGCGGGGUUGGCGCCGGAGGAGGAGGAGGAGGAGGCGGCGGCGGCGCUGGCGUUGGGGCUGCCGGCGGCGGGGGAGGAGGAGGAGGAGGAGGGAAGAGGAGGCACCGCAGGCGGCCGUCCAAGAAGAAGCGGCGCUGGAAGCCCUACUUCAAGCUGUCCUGGGAGGAGAAGAAGAAGCUGGACGAGCGGGAGAGCGUCCGGGCGGCCAAGACCCGCGCCGAGAUGUUCGCCAAGGGCUUCACGGUGGCUCCGUACAACACCACCCAGUUCCUGAUGGAGGAGCACAACCAGGAGGAGCCCGACCUCAACACCGGCGUCUGCCCCAAGCGCGCCGGCCGGUCGGACGAGACCAGCGAGGAGGAAGAGCUGGACGAGGAGGAGCAGGACAGCGGCAGCGACGGCAUGGGGGGCGACGGCGGCGGCGAGUUCCUGCAGAAGGACUUUUCCGAGACUUACGAGAAGUACCACGCCGAGAGCCUGCAGAACAUGACCAAGCAGGAGCUGAUCCGGGAGUACCUGGAGCUGGAGAAGUGCCUGUCCAGGCUGGAGGACGAGAACAAUCGGCUGAGGUGCCGGCUGGAAGGGAAGGUGGUGAUAGCCAGGGGUGGAGAGGUGGUGGAAAACAAACUGAAAGAACUGGAACGAGAGAUUGAAAGACUGAAAGCCGAAAACCACCAGCUCCUGAAAGAAAAUGAACUGUACAAACGGGGGAAAAUAGUAUCAGACAGUGCUGAUUGAAAUAUGAACUCUGGAGAUAUAUAUAUAUUAACUUGUAUAUACAUCUGUAAAUAUUUUUAGUCUGUACAGAUUGUAGAUUUUUGUUUUUUUGCAUUGUUUUGGAAUUUGCGUUGUAUAUUUGAAAUGAUCUAAUUGGUUUAUUUUGAAGUUGGGUUGGAAUACACUUUCUCUUUCGCAUUUUAAGCAUCUGCCUUGGCAGAGAUUCGAAGUAACUUUUUGACUUGUGUUUUAUACAAGUGAUCCCCAGCCAUCCUUCUCUCUCUUGUGCAUCUGUUAAUCUUGAACCAAAACCCGUGGGCAGUAGUUAUGUACAGUAUUUUUUAAAAAUUGGGUUCAACAGUUUUGGUGAGAAUGCCAUUGCCUUAUUUUAAAUGAGUUACCUGUCAGUUUGCUACCAGUUUGGGAUUUCCCAAAGUUUUGCCAAAUGAUUAAUGCCUAUAGUACAAAAUCCAGCACGCCUCUCCUGGAGGAAGCCUUGCCCUAGCCAUUUGGCUACUUUUUUAAUGCAUGAUUUUUUUCCCCCAUCUACAUUUAAGGCUGUCAAUUCCCUCUUCUAAAUCUGAUAUUAUUUUACCCCCUUACUGUUUCAAAUGUUACUCUAGUUAAUGAUUUUGAAUCAUUUUCUGGAGAUCCACUGUGCCAUUUGGUCAGCAGUGCACCAACUCAACCAGUUAGACAAAUCAAAUUUAGAUGUGUGCAUACCCCUAAAUGAGUUUGAAACCAAAUUUUGCUUUUGGUGGGAUUUUCUGUGUGGCUGCCUCCUGUGUAUUUCAUAAUUCACUAUUCUGCAUCUAUUCAAUACAUUAGAAAGAAGAGUCUACAAAGGAAACUGGCAACUGAAUCACUAUGUCUUUUUGUUUAAAAAAUCUUAAAACAGUGGUUAACACUUUUUUUAAAAAAAAGUUCCCAAGAAUAAACUUGGGAGGCCAGUAUCAAGAUUUUUGGGGGUAAAUUUGUAAAAUGUACCUUUUCAAUGGAUAUAUAUAUAAAAAAAAUUAAAGAAUAAAAUUAGUAUGUCUUUAAAGAAAAACUUUGUACCUUUUCUAUGAAAGUGGAGAAUAAACUUGGCGUUCCUAGUGGAGUGAUGCUUGGCAACAUAGUUUGGAAUUCUGGAUAAUCCGAUAUUUUCAAAAUACAUCCAUCACGGAGACCAAAAUUUUAAAUUUGUCAUCAGGGAAGAAUCUUAAAUUUAGAUGAUCCAAAUUUAGAACUGCUCUUGGUCUAGAAUGGAAUAUAACUUUGAAGUUUGUAGAUCAGUAGGGGAAAAGUCUGAAUAAUUAUGGAUCGAAGAACUAAUUUGGGCAAACGUAAAGGGGCACAAUGGACAUGACCUUGAAUGUGUCCACCUAUAGUUGCUUGUUUAAAAUCAAGCUAUGAACAGAUGAGUCUUCCAAAGCCAGUUGCAGUUACCCUUCUGCUGUAGCUAACAUUGAACUUAGUGCCAAGAUUAAUUUUAUCACAUUACUCUGAGCUUUUGCUUCUGUACCUUGUGUGGAAUUUACUUUAUCUGAGAUGAAUACAUUUUGAUUUGACGUAUAUAAAAUGGAAGUGGAUGUAGGAAAGACACUUGCAGUAGUGGGCUCUGACCAGUGCCAAAGAUGGGGAAACGUUCCUUUUAAAGUAAUGAAAGUGUGUUAGUCUGUUCUAACUCAAGACACUUUUUAGAAUUAGCCGGUAUCAAGCAAAUUAUCAAAACGUGUUUAUCUUGCUAUUUUUAAAGGAAACAAGGUACUUUGUACCAAAAACAUGGCUGCUAAUCGCAUUUUUUAAUCCUAUGGUGAAAAUAUAAAAAUUGACCUCCAUUUUGUGCAGUGUAGUUUUGAAUAGGUUGUGUCCCUGAUAGUAAAGAUAGACACCUUUGGUGCUGCCUUGAACAAGUUAGUUAAGUCAGGCCUUUAAGACAGAAAACCAUUGAAUCUUAACUAGGCUGCAGAUUAGUAACUAGUGUCUUACUGUAUGAGGCAGGUAUUGAUUUUCUUUGCCAGCAUCUAGAUAUAUAAUGUGUGACCUAUUCAAUGUAGUAAUUAAACUAUGUCUUCACUCA